CUCAACAUGAGGUUGGAAUUUUUUUUUUUUUUUUUUUAGCAUCUAAAAUUCUCACAUGAAAAAACUUCCAGUCUAAAGAGUUUUUGAGCUGUUAAUGCUAAAUUGGAACCAUUUACUGUCAUCGUAGUAGUGCAGUGUCGAAAACCUGCCGCUGUUGCUGAGAUGUUUAGAUUCCACACAAAUCCAGUUGUAUCGCAAAGCUUUUUAUGUGCUAAGUUAUGAGCCUUGUUAUUGAUUAAAUCAACCAUGAGUAGUAGCCUGCUUCUAUUUAUAAAAGUAAAUGGCUUAUACAAUUGAUGUGCUGAAAAUAACUGACUACUGAAGUAAACAGAGACAGAGAGAUUGUUAAAAGGCUGCCUUCCAGAUUAAGUAUUAAAUACAGCAUUUCCAACAUCAGCCCUGAUCAUAUAGACUAGCUAUGCACUUCAAAAUGACAUAACAAGGUGACUAUAAACAGAGUCAAAUCGUUUUACGUUUUAAGGAUCGUUUUUCUCUUGUUCAUCUUGCAAUACACCAUGAUUAAACAGCAGUCAUAAAGAUUAUAAAAUGACGUGGCAAAGUCAUUAUGCAUGAUCCUCAAAGUGGAAUCUUUUUAAACAAGUGUAGACAUCGUUUGAAAAAUAAUACUCUUUAUUAUUUUGAUACUGUAUGUCGACUUUUGGUCACACAAAACAAUUUGAAGAUGUUACCUUUGGAUCCAAGGAUUGUGAUUGGGGUGGGGUGUUCUGUGUCGGACCAUUUCUGUAACUUUCUGAAACCAACGAUACGACAUUCACGCACACUUCACACGGCAUGAUUGGUCAGCUGUGUGAAAGAGAGAGGAGCAAGGAGUUGCGCUUUUAUCUCCAGCUGUUUUUAUACAAGUUGUUAUAAAAGUAUUUGUGCUCUUUUAAUGAACAACCUGGUGCAACACUAUGAAUGACUAUCAUGGAAAGACUGAAAAUACGUGCCAAUAUUGCCGAUUUUGAACAAUUUUGCGUCCAUCCUCUCUUUAUCAAAGCCAUCUUUUCACUCUGCCUUUUUUUUAGUGCACCCUUGCAGAACGACUAUAAACACACUGGAUUUCCAACAUGGUAAGGCAGUUCGUAUCAGGAACUAGUUCUGUGUGACCAUAAACCAGCCCUUACUGCCUUUUAUCUUGGUAAGGAAAACAUGUAUUGGGUGAAGAGCAAAAGAGUAGGGAACCCUUCUUCCUGGACUGACAGAUAUGCAACAUAUAUUCUACAUGCACUAGAUAAAAGGAGCUGUUGUAACAUUACAAUUUGUAGGAACAAUGAUAAUUAUAGGUAAAUAAAAAAAAAAAAAAAAAAGGCUAACAUUUAAUGUUCCGUAAAUAUCAUGGCAAGGUGUCAAGUAAGUUGAAGAGUUUCAGGCAAUGUGUACAAUAUGUUUUUGAGGCUGUUUUUGUACCAGAUAAAAAUCCUUGCAACAUGUGAUGAUAACACAUUUGUCAGCAUGUGUCAUCAUCAUAUGUAGCUGAUGAAAAUGUCUGUGGUUUGUUACAACCUGCGUGCCGGAAACUGUGCACUGUCUCUUUAACAGGCAGGACUGGUGCUUUGCCCUGUGCUCAGGGCAUAGUGGGGGAGGGAGGGACAGAGUAGGGAGGGAGGUUGUUGACGGAAAGACAAGCUCUGAUUGGCUGGGUUUCACUGAGGGCAGUGACAUCACACAGGAGGAGAGGCCCUGUGGUGUAAAAUAACAUGUCCUUUUAUGGGACGAGGAGGACCGUUCCAUUCUUAGAGAGAGGGGAGAUUUAUUCCCUUCUGUCUGCUCCCUCACUCUUCAUUUCCUCCCAAAUAAUCUCCCUAAUUGGCCCAUAAGGAUAUUUUGUAAAUUAAUAUUGCUCUAAGGUUGUCUUAGACCAAGGUUGUGUAUUUCUUUACAGUUAAUCCUCUUUUUUAAACCCUCUCUAAUUUUAUCAGCUUUAUUUUGAGUUUAAGUUGAAGGUAAAAUAAGGUGCAUUAAGACUUGAUCCCUCUAUUUUCUCCUUGUAUAUAUCUUCUCUAAUUUAAUGGGCCCAUGUUUUGAUUGUCUUUGCAAAUGCCUCAUCAUCUAAGCUAUGCUUUUUUGUUGUCUUGAGCAUUGCACUUCCUUCCAAUAAUCCAUAUCCUUAAUUAACCAUGAUUUAAAAAAAAAAAAAAAAAAAAAAAAAAGAAGUUCCUCUGCUCCUUGCAGAACAGUUUUUCCUCUUAGCUGAAGCCUAAAAUUGGCCAAUAGUGCUUUUAGUAUUUAAGACAAGAGGCACCACCAGGACUGCCUGGCACUCACGUGAAUAGGAAACAAGCCAGAUAUCUCUCUUUCUCUCUCUUACAUUCACUCUUAACAUUUACACGCUCACCCUUAAACCUUGGGAACAUGCUUUAACCUCACAACACCACACAGAAACAAAUUCUAUGGCUGCCUCUCGACUUCGCCUAGCAUGUGACUUCCCCUGCUGUUUGCUGACGUGGUAUCUCCCGAGAAGGAGCCUCCACCUCCCCUCACUAAGUCAGAUUUGUCUCUACUCCAAGGAAAUACAUUGUACCAUCGAGUGGAGUAAAGAAACUGUAGUUAUACUCUUCCAUCUGGACGCCCACAGAUACAUUUAGAAAAGGGACAGGUUGUUUUCACCGAGGUUGCCGUAGAAAUUUUGGCUAACAAGUCAUGACGAGAAUACUUGUGAAUCCCUGGGAGAUCCUCUGAACCCUCCUCCCCUCCUCCUUCCAAUGUUUCAGUGGUUGGGGCCAUGGCCUCUCAGUCAGGCAACAUGAACCGUGAGGACCGGAAUGUGCUCCGAAUGAAAGAAAGAGAAAGGAGAAAUCAAGAAAUCCAGCAGGGAGGAGGAGAGGCCUUUCCAGCAAAUUCCCCUCUCUUCCCUGAACCUUACAAAGUGUCCAGCAAGGAAGAUAAACUGUCCAGCCGUAUUCAGAGCAUGCUGGGCAAUUACGACGAGAUGAAAGAGCCCAUCGGUGACACACUUCCAAAGCUUGGCGGUAAACCUUCUAACAGCUCGUCUUCCUCUGAGGAGAAAUCAGGCCCACCUUUGUUUGGCGGGGACCAGCGUGGUGUCGGUAGUGGUGGCAGCAGCCAGAGCAGUAAGUGGACUCCUGUUGGUCCCGCAGCAGGUGGAUCUUCAUCCCAAUCCCAGAAACGCUCAGGACUCCAGGGUGGGCACGGCAGCCAGAGGGGCAACGGAGGUAGUAGCGGCAGCAGUAGUAGCCAAAGACACGGAGGAGAGGUGCGAGAAAAGAAAUCAAGUAAACAUAGUGGAGGGUCGGAGCACUCAAAGUCACACACAUCGAGUCCGGCCAAGGGCUCUCUGAGUUCCUCCAGCAGCAACAGCCACUCACGGAGCUCCCUGUCUGCCGAGCAGCAUCACAGCAAGGAGCGCUACCGCUCCAAGUCCCCACGAGACAGAGAGGCCAACUGGGACUCGCCCUCACGGGUUCACACCUCCUUCACCAGUGGACAGCACUCAAGUCAGGCCUUCCCCCCAUCUCUCAUGUCCAAGCCCGGCUCCAUGCUGCAGAAGCCCACGGCCUAUGUGCGGCCUAUGGACGGCCAGGAAACAGCAGAACCCAAGAGCUCACAAGCAGAAAGCUACAGCGGACAGUCGCACAGCAGCACCAUGGGAGAGAUGAAGUCCAACGGCAAGGCCUCGCUUUCCAAACUCAAGAUCCCCUCACAACCUGUGGAGGGCCCUGGUGAUGCCAACUGUGUCGAUGAAAUUCUGAAGGAAAUGACUCAGUCGUGGCCCCCUCCGCUGACAGCCAUCCACACCCCCUGCAAAACAGAGCCCUCCAAGUUUCCAUUCCCUACCAAGGACUCUCACCCUUUUCCAGGUGGACACAAGCGAGGCAGUUCCUCCAAGAGCUCCAGCAGCCACCAGUCCAAAGCUUGCGAUGACCAGCCCACUAUGCUGGAAGAUGACCUGAAGCUGAGCAGCAGCGAAGAUAGUGAUGUAGAACAGGAGUCUACCAAGAAUGCCUCAAGGAACACGUCAGCAAGCAAUAACAGUGAAGGAGCGGAGCAAUCGAGGGAUGACUCCAGCAGCCACAGCGGCUCAGAGAGCAGCUCGGGCUCAGACAGCGAGAGUGAAAGCAGCACGACAGACAGUGAAGCCAACGAGCACCCACGGCCCGCCUCUCCCGAACCUGAACAACCCAUGGCCAACAAGUGGCAGCUGGACAACUGGUUCAAGAAGGCAAAGCAGUUCUCCCCAGCUUCUCCGGUGGACAAUAAUGUUCCAACCAAAUGCAAGAAAGAGGGCAGAGAUAAUAGCUCAGGACGUGGCUAUGGUAGCCAGGGAGGGGGGUCAAAAGACUCAGUGGCACCCACCCCAAGUAGGGACCUACGGGCAGCGCAAAAGGGUGCAGAGGGUGGCCGCGGCCGUCAAAAAUCCCCCGCCCAGAGUGAAGGUGGCACGAAUCCGCGAAUCCGUGUGGGUAAAAAACAGCCCAAAAAGUCAGAGAAGCCCCCAGUGGUAGAGGAACCCAAAGGAGGUCUGCGAGUAGAGAGUGAGCCAGCUCCAGAGAUCCCUCCUCAUCGGCCCAAAGCUGCCACUAAGGGUUCACGCAAACCAAGUAUCAAAAAAGAACCCAAAUCCUCUCCAAGGCCGACCGCAGCUGCUGUUACCACCACUGUAGAUAAACGCAAAGCCAAGGCACCCACCAAGACAUCCCAGAAGUCUCGUGAGUUUGUCGAUACAGACUCUUCAUCGUCCGACUCUGAAGGGAACGAGAGCAUCCCGUCGUCGUCGCAGACGCCCAAGUACACAGAGAGUAUCAGGACCCCUGUGUGUGUGUUUUCUCCAAUGGAAGAGAAAGAGCUCUUGUCUCCACUGAGUGACCCUGAGGAACGCUACCCUGCAAGGCCGCCUCAGCAGCAGGUUUUACUAGUCAAAAUAGAUCUCAGUUUGCUAUCAAGGAUCCCAGGGCGGCCCUACAAGGAGCCUGUAGAGAUAAAAGUGGAGAGAGACGACUCUCUAGACAGGGACAGCAAAGACUUCAGCAAGCAGAGCUCUGAGAAGAGCUCCAGCAAGGCCAAGAGGAAACACAAGAAUGAUGAAGAAGGCACCAAGCCAGAGAGCAAGCGAUGCAAGCUAGAGGAUAAGUCUCUAUCUCAUCAUAAAAACAGCAGUAAAGAGUCUAAGAGGUCUUUGGAGAAGAAAGAGGAGCCAGUCCCUUCUCCUUCCAUGUCAGGUCUGCAGCGGACACCCAAGGCAGAGCAUCCGAGUCGGAAGAGGACAGUCAGCCAGUCCUCCACCUCUUUGUCCAGCGGGACAGGAAGUGGAAAGGAGGGUAGCCACAGCACCAAGGGCAACUCCACCUCCAAACACAGAAAAGGAGAAGACAAGGGACGCAGCACACGUGAUGGCAAGGAGAAAUCCUCAAAGGCCUGUGAUAACCAGCUGGCUGUGCCUUCGCUCUCCACGGACGGCUCCAAGUCUCAGAGAUCCAAGCUGGUGUUUGAGGACAGGGUCCAUUCGGCUGAUCACUACUUACAAGAGGCCAAGAAACUUAAACACAAUGCAGACGCACUGCUGGACCGUUUUGAGAAGGCCGUUUACUACCUGGACGCUGUGGUGUCUUUCAUUGAAUGUGGUAACGCUCUGGAGAAGAGUGCCCAAGAGGCCAAGUCUCCCUUCCCCAUGUAUGCUGAAACUGUGGAGCUUAUCAAAUACACUAUGAAGUUAAAAAGCUAUAUGGCCCCAGAUGCUACUUCAGCAGACAAGAGGCUAGCUGUGCUUUGCCUACGAUGCCAGUCCCUCCUCUACCUGCGGUUAUUCAAGCUGAGGAAGGACAGUGCACUAAAAUACUCCAAAACACUCACCGAACACUUAAAGAAUUCUCUGAGUAACACCCAGGCUCCCUCUCCUGGAAUGGGAAAUAAGGCAGCGGGUAUGCCCUCCCCAGUGUCUCCCAAACUGUCCCCGGGAACAGCCAGUGGUUACUCGUCAGUCAGCAGCAGCAGCAGCGCCAGUUCGUCUGUGACCAUACCUCAACGUAUCCACCAGAUGGCUGCCAGCUACGUCCAGGUCACCUCCAACUUCCUGUAUGCCACCGAGGUCUGGGACCAGGCUGAGCAACUAUCCAAAGAGCAGAAAGACUUCUUCCUGGAGUUGGACAAGGUGAUGGGUCCUCUGAUCUUCAACACCAGCAGCAUGACAGAACUGGUGCGUUACACACGGCAGGGCCUCCACUGGCUGCGCCUGGACGCAAAGCUUAUUCCCUAGCGAGGACUCACUCCCUGUCCACUGCUUACACACACACACACACACACACACACACACACACACACACACACACCACCUCAGCCUCUUGUGCUCAGCAACAUGUGCUCAAAGACACAAGCAUGCCCGCAAUGACAAACAAACACAAAUAAUCAUGUACUGUAUGCGCACACACACACACAACACACACACACACACAGUCCACCUCUGGUCCUCCAUGUACACACAGGUGAAGAACUUCUCAGACAUAUCUCCAACACUGUGUCCAUUUCUACACCAGCUUGCCAAAAACACUGAGCAAUUUAGAAACAUCUCACACCUUCGACGGCACCACACAGGGAGACGCAUCAGAAACUGCAACACAGGAAUCAAAAGAGCUUAUCGCCAUACUUCAUAUAUCGGCAUUCUUACGAAAUCUUUGAAGGCCAUGUUUUUAUCUCUUCGGCAUGGAAGCGCUGGAUGAAUUAUUUAUUAUGAAUACACUAAAAAUGGGGUUUGGUUUAUAGGCUACUUUGGCUUUUAACUUUUUUCUUUUACUUUGUUUCACCAAAGUACCUCCCAUAAACACCAAAGGUGCUUUAAAAAUGAAGGUUUCUCUUUAUCAUUUUUGUGCCUUGUAUGUGAGCUACAGGAAAACAAACGGUCAGUCAUCAUAUCUGAAUAAAUUAUUUUUUUCCUUUUUUUUUAAUUUUUUAAUUUUAUUUUUAAUUUUUUGCUUUAGCCACAGUUGUCAUUUUAUACAUUUUUUAUACAUUCAGCAAUCAAUUGAAGCUGGCAGCAAUUAUGUUUUUAUUGCACAUUUCUGAGUCAAAUCCUCUAAACACAUUUAACAUUUCCGAUAGUGACAAAGAUGGUGUCAGCCACAAAUUAAGCUUCUAACCAUCUUGAUUGAUCGCUCCUUCAAGUCUCUAGGCACCAGAGAUUAAUCUUGGAGCAUGCCCACAAGGUUAAAGGACUGUAGGAAGGGCUACUGUGCAUAGCAGUUUAAUACUUCUGACAUAUUUAAAUAUACAAAUGCUCUAUCAGAAGUUAUAUUGAUCAGUGUAUUUGUUUUGAACAGUGUAAUUUUAAUUUUAAGAAUCAUGAAUUUCUUUUUGUCCUGCUACAAAAUGAAAUGUUGGUGAGCCCCCGGGGGCCAUGCUGCUCCUGGCAUGACCUCCAGGGGCUGCUAGCAGGGCUUUUCGAUUCGCGGCCUUCAUAAAAAUUGAUCACGUUAACAUUCUCUCUAACAUAAAAGAUUUGCUGCUUCUUUGGAAGCUCCAGAAUACGAGUCUCUUCCUAAGAAAUGAUUUUACCCUCGUAGCUACAUUGUUCACUGAGCAAUUUCCUCAAGGAACAGUCACUUCCACUCAGUGUUAUUCUGUCUUAUUUUUUUUUUUGAUCCCCUUGUUUGCUCAGUGCAUUUUUCUAAGAAACAGCAGGGAGUGUCUUAAGUAUUGAAGAUCGUAUCCAGUUACGUAUACAAUACAGUUAUUUUCAUCGCAGUUUAUAAAAACUGGGCCUGUGUGACCACUGAUUUGGCACAACUAAAGCAAAUUCAUCUGAAAGGAAAGAUGUUCUUUAGAGAGGCAAACUCAUCAGUGAUGCAGAUUAGCAGUGUUGCAUUUAUAGAACAAAGAGUUUUAAAUCUAUGAUUAUAUAUUUCAAAUAAGAAGUAUAAACGGCCAUAUAGAUUUUAUUUAUAUACCAAGCAGUUUUUUUUUGUCUUCUGGCCAAGCAGAAGUAUAACGUUUCAAAUGCAUAAGUUUUAAAACAGGGUUGAACAGGGGUUAUAAGAUGCAAAGUAUUUGUAUAUGUAAUUGUUCCUAUUUAAAUUUUAAAACCUUAAUCAUACUUGUAUUACGGGACAGUAGAUUAAAAAAUGUUUAAGCUAGUUGUUGUUAACAUGGUUCAGCAGGCGGGGGAGAGACGACAGAUAACUGUGUAUGCCAGCUGUCCACAUAUGAACAUUUCUGUUAUUUAGAAUUACUGGUUGUCAUCAAAGCAAAUUUUGGACGGCAGUGGUUUUGAAUGAGGAUGUUUCAGUUGACAUUUCUGUGUUUGGUAAUGAUCAUUGACAUGAAGGACUGUCUGGUUUCUGGUUAUUUUAAGCCCACUUCCUACUAAAACAUGCUGGAAAUAUUAAAGCCUGGACCAAGUAGUAUUCAUGGAAACUCUUACUGGCUGAUUUAGUUUUAGUCCAUGUAAGGUAGAGUUUGGAUAAGUAUGAAGUGCCAGACAGUUAAAGAGCUGCAAUACUCUUUAACUUUCUUGCACUUUUUCCUCGAUUUUAAAACUUAAAUUUAGUGUAAGUUUUUGAGUUGACAAAACCAUUUUCAUCUCAGCAAAACAAAUCUGAAGAAUUACUAUGUGGCCCAGGUUUUACCUUUUUUGUGUUGUGUCUUGUAUUUUCUUUCCUUCACUGGCUCCCUGGCCUUUAUUGUAGGAGGGGAUACUGUUAUUUCCUCUUGCACUUGAAAAAGAGAAAGUCAGAGGAGGUAUUAUUUUAAUCUAUGCAGGAUUUUUACAAAAAAAAACCGAUCUGUUUCUGUGGAAAAAGUUUAAUUUUAGGCUUGGGAUUUUUUUCCCCUCCCUUUUUUUUUCUUUUUUCUUUUUUUUCAGCCUCAGCGAGAAACCUGUUUAACUCAAGUGUCCAAUGCCUUUAGCUUUUGCAAUUUUGUGUACUGGUUUAGUAUAUAUGUGUAUAUAGAUCUGUUUUUAUAACCAAACACCAAUGGCUUGAGCCAUUUUGUACUUAAGCUGGAGGCCACUUUUCUCAUAGGAAUCCUUCUGUGGGUUUUGCCAGCCCAGUCAAUGUCUUCAUACACUGGUACACUUUGUAAGUACAGGUCCGCGCCUCUUGUAGUCAAAUGUACAAAUUUAGCAUUAGAAUAAUUUUUAACUGUUUGCUACUCACACUUAUUUAUUUUUCUGCCCCUUUCCUUAAUGUUUUUUUUCUAUUUUUGCCUUUUUAAGGAGUACCAUUUUAUGAAAUAGAAAGAUGUAAAUGUAUUGGGGUUGUUCAUGAUGAGAUUUCAUUGUAAGUAGUAAUUAAUAUUAAUUCUAACUUUAAAGAAUCCAGGGUAAGAUGAGUUUUUUUGACAUUCAGUAGGAAGAUGUUAACACUUGCAUGUUUCUAUUUAAAUACAAAUGUAUAAAUUGUAAAUAUAACAUUUCUUUAAGGGUGAAUUUCUACUACAGGUUGACAUUUUUAUUAAAUUUAAAGAUCUGUAAAUACAUUUGUGAGAUACUUUAUGCACAUUUUUUUUUUUUUCCUCUGUGGGCUUUUCUGUUCUCUCCUUUUUCCAAGCUGUUACAGAUGACAUCCCAGUCUCUUAACACUGUAUAUCAAAUUGAUUUCUCAGUCCUUUUUUCUUACCGUGCUCGUAUACGUGUCUUCUGCUUCACUGUCUCUCAGUAUCAUGUCGCCACAUAAUCAUUAAUGUCUCUAGAUCCAAGUGCGAAUAUUUUGUCUUCUCUGUAUUUGAUAUGGAGGCGUGUACUUUUCAUGAAAUGUAUAUUGUUGAUCUCAUGGGAUGGAUGGAUGGCGUGUACAGUCUGUUAUGUAAAACCACGUCUGUUUCUUCCUCAUGAGAGAGAUGUAUUUACUAUGUGUCCCUUUUGAACAAUUGGUCCAACAUGUCUUUUGAAACAGAGGUAUUUCUCUACACAUCAAAACAGUUGUAGCAGUUUAUACAGUAUGUUGUAUAACACCUUUUUUCUAAAAGUCGUCUCCAAAGUGAGACCUACAGCAUACACUAUGUACAAUAGUCUAAAUUGGAUUAGUUUUAAGAGAACUGAUGAUAGAGAUGCUAUAUGUAAUGGAUGCAAUAUGAUUAAAGGUACUCAUUGAGUUUGAUCUUCAAACUUAGGUUAUGUAAUUUAAAAGCAUUCUUGUGAAGUGAGUAUUAAUUGUGACUAAUGAGAGUUUGUCCUGAAUAUUCUUUGUAUUUUGCCGUAUUGAGAAUAAAAUAUAUAUGGAUAUGUUUAA